ACAGUUUUGGGCGUAAAAGGGCGCCAAAAUGUCUGGAAACCAUUACCGGAAGUGAAGAGGGGUUGCUGUGGGCAUUGACAUGCAAAUCAACAGGUUGCUUUGGCUUCAGCAAACAAACUUCAGUCUGUAGUUAGGUAUUUUGUAAACCGUGAAGCCGGAAUGGCCAGCGAAGGGCAGUCCCAUAGGGACCGGAGGACGAGUGCGGUCGGGGCGGGGAGGACGGUGUUGCCGAGGCGGCGCACUCGGCGGGUCGUUGCCGUCACCAAGAAGAAAAUCGUGGAUGACGAGUUCAUGGCUGCCGCGAUCGGCGACGUCAAGUGGCUGGAGCAGAGCCUGAGGGACGGGAGAUCUCCCACGGCCAUGGACAAAAACGGUCUUGCAACCAUCCAUCUGGCUGCCCUUCAUGGCCGUCUGGAGUGCCUGAAGCUCCUGAUAGAGAAGUACAAGGUGGAUGUGGACUUCCCCAGCAGCACAGGCUGGCGGGCAGUUCAUCUGGUCAUCAACAAGGAGACAGGGAAGAGGGCUCACAAAUGUCUGCAGUACCUUCUGGAGCAGGGAGCAGACCCUUCUGUCAUGAAUGAUGACAGCCUGACACCUGUCCAUCAGGCAGCCAGCGAGGGGCUGGUUGAUUGCCUUCAACUGCUGAUUGAUAAUAGGGGAGUGGUCGAUGUUAUUGACGUCAGAGGUCAUCGACCUAUUGACCUUGCCAAACUGUGGGGUCACAGGAAAUGUGCAAGAAUGCUUGCAUCAGUUAUGUGGUCCCAAGAGAAAGAGUUCUUUGCCAAGGAGAUGAGGCAACUUGGGCAAGUCACUGCUAAGUACUGGGACUUUGAACGGGACACAGCAGAGACAAAGCGUGCCGAGCAGGAUUUCUACGGACAGGUGGCCUUCGGUAAUUGGAUAGAUGAUAAAGGCCUUCCUCCAAAACUCAAGCAGAUGGACUUCCUCUCACGCCCAGAGCAGUUCCCAGCAAAGCCCAGCACCACAAAGUCUAAAACGAGCACCCGGUCAGGGGAGGGCACUACCACUGGCUCUGGAUUUUAUAGACCAAACAGCAAAGUAGCAGCACCUGUGGUGUCCAGCUCCAAGAAAGAGGAGAUUUUGGGGGGUAUACAGACCACCACUCAAAAGGUUCCAGUACGAGAACAGGGCCUGAGGCCCCGUACCCAACCGCCACCAGAGAUCAUAGAGCCCCCGAUGUCUCCCCCCAAAUCCCCUGCUUCUCCCAGAAAGGACAUGAAGCUCAUUCACACAAAGGAAUGGAAGCCAUUCUUUACAAACAUAGAGUCAGAGCCUAAAACUGACAUCUUCCGUCCACAUGAGGUGCGCCGAAGUGUAGAACCAGAGGACAAUGACCCCUUCUCAGGUCUCCGACGCACCAAAUCUCAACCAAUCACAAGCCAUCAGGGCUACGACCUGGCAGAGGUUGAGAGGCCGGUGACAUCCGGUGGCCUGCGCAUGCCAGUGUUGCCAGAAGAGGUGAUCCGGCGAGGCUUGUCACGACAGCGGUUACCGCACGAACGGAUCAAGAUGCCUCAGGAGUUCAAGUGUGUGAACAUCAUUGACGUCCAACAGAAGAGGCUUCCAGAGCCCGAGGUGCGACAGGGUGAGGCAGCCAUGCAUCUGGCCCAGACGCUGGAAUCUAACUUGUUCCAGCUGGCUGUUGGAGACAAUAGGAUGAACACCGGCAGCUCCUCAACAGCGACCUCUAGCACCGACAUCCAGUACUCCAGGGAGAAGGUGUUGAACACAAUGAAGAGGCUGCAGAAGCCUCGGCCCUUCCCUGCAAUGCCAGGGCCUGACUAUGUGCUGAACUUGAGUGGAACCAUGGGGAUGUAGAGUAUCAGUGAAGGUCAGGGUUUUUGGUAAGACCUCUGGGGCAGACAUCUUUUUUUGUCUCCACUACUUCUUUGAGUGUAGAUACAUAUUAAGUGAUGAUGCUCAUUUUCCCCUCUGCAACUUUUAAUGUCUGUCUGAAAUUUUGAAUACCCCAUUUUGUGCAUAUCAAUUAGAAUAUGUGAAGACAUGCAGUUCUGAUACUUGGAGAAAGCGGGAUGUUCAUUGGGUGUAUAUUUUGAACAAGGCAAUAUUAGCUCCAAGUAACAUGACAGAUUAUUUGUACAAAAGUUAAUGGAUUUGGUUAUGUUCUGGUCUGUUCCUAAUGUUACUCCCGGCUUGAACACAUGUACUAUAUUUGUGUUCUUGAUAGGUAACAAUGCUGUAACCAGAAGGUUAGUAUGUUAUAGUACUAGUAGUCUUCAGCAACUUGCUAGGGGUGGGAAUCUCUACAAGUUACUUGAAAAAUUUUAGGAACGAAAUGAUUCUAUGAAAGAUUAUAAGAAAUAUAUUUCACUUAUAUUAAUCCUCUAAUGUUUGCCAUAGUUCAUGGUUUCAUGGUAUGUUUCUGGAACUUGACUGCUGAUCUUGUCAGGUAAAUGGAUACAUACAUAUUGCAUUCAAUGCUGCUGCCAUUUUCAAAUAUUGUUGUAAUUAGAUGGGUAAGAUUUAAUUAAAAUACCUGACUGGA